CUAGAAUAAUGGUACAAACUGCUAGUAUCAUUCUUGGAGUCACUGCCAUCUUAUCUGCUCUGUUUAGAGCUUUCUUGAAACCUCGUAUUGAUGAGUUAGGCUUCUUCAGAACGGUUCAAAACUUCAACAAUGAUGAAUGUGAGAAGAUCGAGGGACUUGAAGCAUGUGAGGAUAUCUAUGUCCAUCAGCCAUCCGGAUUAGCUUACUUGGCUUGCAGUCGAGUGAUCGAUCGAGCUCAUUGGACACCUGCUAUGUCUAACUUAAAUCGAGAUCGAAUGCCUGUUCCUUCUUUAGAUUACGUUGCAAUCCUCGAUUUAAAAACCCACGUUCAUAGAAAACUUACUCUUACAAACCUUCCAGCGCAUAUUCUCAAGCAUGGACUUCAUACUCACGGUCUAGAUUUAUAUGUUGAAUCUUACUCUAAAGAAUCAGAAGAUCAAUCAAGUGCAACACUUUAUAUGAUUAAUCAUAAUCCACCCGAUCGUAUAGAACAAGCUUCAUCUUUAGGCGCUCAAAGUGUGAUAGAAGUUUUUAAAACAAAGAUUGGAAGCAAUGAAGCUGAAUAUCAGAUGACUGUUGCUCAUCCAUUGAUCUUAUGUCCUAAUAAUCUCGUGGCAAUGAGUUCAAAUUCAUUUUACGUCUCUAAUGAUCAUGGAAAAAAAGUCGGUUGGAAAAGAGCGCUUGAGCCAUUUCUCCUAGAUCAUGAUAGUAAUAGUAUUGUCCAUUGUUCUUUGAAUAGUCCAAACUCGCCUGAUUGUACAGUCGCAGUCCAUGGUCAUGCUUAUGCUAAUGGAAUAGCCAAGGGACCUGAGCAGAUGAUUUACAUGGGUACUAGCUUGGAUCCGCGUCUAAGACUGUUCGACGCUCAAGGUGAUCACACUCUCGUCCUAACGGAUGAAUUAAAGAUGCCAAGACCGAUUGAUAAUAUCUAUGUCACCGAGAAAGGUUCAGUUUACUUAGCAAUGAUUCCUAAAGUACACGAUUUUUCUCGAUUACUUGAUAAACCUGGAUCAAGCGUUUCAUCAACAGAAGUUUGGAGGGUUUCCAAUGGAACUGAUCAGGACAAAUUCUUUGGUGGUAGGUUGAAGCUUGAAAAGGUGUUUGCGGAUGAUGGUCAUAUGGUGAGUAUGACAACCUGUGUAGCAGUUUAUGAGAACAAAUUAUUCUUGACUGGCAUAGCGAGUCCGUAUGUAUCUGUCUGUAAGAUGAAAGAUGAUCCAAAAUGAAGAAAGGUGUUGAUUUCUUUCUAGCGUGUUCUACAUUAAGAUGCAUGGAGUCAUCCGGGAAUUGUAAACUGGCAGGGAGAUUGGUUCCGUUGUUGGGUAUGUUGUGACAUGGAGGCUGGUAGGAAGAUGUGGUUCGUCAGAGAUUUAUAUAUGUAAUCCUUGCAUUAUUUAGUUGGUCAUCAAAAAGGACAAGCUAGGUUAGUUUUCAGCUCAACUUGUCAAUCAGUUUAGCAUUCAUCGUCAGAACAAUGUAAUGUGUCUUGCAAUUCUUGAUUAGUUUCAAAUUUUGUGUGUGUGUGUUUAGUUGUUGGUUGUAUCUCUCUGCAAAUAACGAACAUAACUUCGAAAAAUGUC